GAAGUUGGGGCAACCCCCGUGAGUUGCCCUUGCCCCAACCUCACGGCCGCUUGCAGCCGCGCACUGACGGAUCCCUUUCCCACUCGAACGUGGCGUGCCGGUGCUGCCACCCUUUCCUGCGAGGUAAAAAAGACCGCGAAAGAGAGCAUUGCCGGGAGUUGUACUGAGAAAGGGAAAGAGUUCCUCCGAGCUGGCGCUACCGGUUUGGCAGCUCGCGCAGCGGCCGGUGGCGGGACCUGGCUUGAAUCGCUGUGCCGCGCCGCGCGCCGGGCACUUCCAGUCGGUCCCGAGCGUAGAACUGGGAGACGUCGCGUGGUCGCGCUCCUUCUCUCAUCGCCGCCUUGUUCGGCGUGGUUUGCCGCCCCCUCCCCCCCUUCAAACCACCGCAAGACUCCCCCAACGAAACUUCCAAUCUUCGAGGAGCGAUGGCCUUAGGAUCGCUAGCGCGCCGCGGUGCUGGAUGACAAACGCGCGCGAGCGGUGGACUCUUCGGCGGAGGUGCGUGCCGCGAUAACCCGACAACGAGCAGGCGGAACAGAAGACAGGCACGUGCGUGAUCCAGAUCGGGACCUCCGAUUGGCCCCGGGUGCUGUCGACCCGGCGGUCUUCUGCGGCAUUGUGUGUGCGGUCUUUUGAAAGAAAACAAGAAAAAACGGCGUGCUAGUUUUGUUCGGAGCGUUUCAGUUUCGUCCCAGAAGAGAGGCAAGAAGGAAGUAAGGACGCGGCGGGCUGGGAGGCCGUACCACGCAUCAACGCAAGAUUGGCGAGAAGGCGACAGUGUUCUGCAUCUACGGAAGAAAAAAAGAAAAGCGUGGCCGCUGGUGGAUCUGUGUCAUCUUGGAUAGGAAAGCGUGCUCUUAUUCGACGCGGCGCGAAGCAGUCUUUCGUUGUCGGAACCACCGAUUUCACUUUUAUCCCAUCGGAGUGUCAUCGUCUGCUACACGCUGUUCGAGUCGCCGUCUGGAAGAUCAACCCGUUCAACCGACGCUGGAUCGACGGACGCUGGUGGCCAGUGAAGGUUAUUCCGACGAAGCGGAAAGGCACCCAAGUCCGACAUAGUUCGCUGCUAAGAAUCACGUUUUCGUUGCAAGUGCUGCUGCAGCCUAAAUGAGACGCGUGUCCCGCUAAUCGCUUGGUCGUUGCCGUCGACACGAUCGUCAGUGCUGUGUUCCGUGGUAGUGCUGGGCGCGUUGUGUCUUUUCUGCAGCCCAGCCGAUGUCACGUCGUUUCGAAAGCCAGCCGCAACGUUCGAGCCACAGGGUAGCAACCGUCUCCGCAUUCCUCUAGCAUGCGGUGGCGGCUUGUCGCCGCAAGCCGGACCGAACUCACUGCAAGUGCCCACCGCCGGACACACGACAAACUUAGCGCCGUUGGCUUCGUUUCCCGGCGAUGAGGCGACGGUUGGCCAUCUCAACGAUGGAACGUCCGUCGGUGGCAGCGUUGCUCGGAUUACUGCUGCUAGCUGCUUCGCUGGGUCAGGUGGGCGGAGUGAGCCAGCUGACGCUUCACCUGCCCAGCGAGUACACCAGCCUACCUGGGGGCGAGCUGCGCGUCGACUACUCGCCGCCCGUCGGCGACCCCGGGCCGAACUUCACGUUCCCGGCCACGGACUCCGUAGAGGGCGUGCCCAUCGAUGGCGUGCUGCCCGGCACGGACUACAACUUCCAGCUCUACCUCAGCAACGGCACAGUUAACAACCAUCGGCUAUGGUCGAGCGUCAUCGAGACUGAGCCGGACCCGCCCACCAACCUGUCCAUCAAAAUUGACACGGGCAAAGUGGCCCACGUGUACUGGCAGCCACCGGCCGAAGGCAAGAUCACGGGAUACCGGCUCGCCAUCUCCCCCCUCUCCGACCAGGACGAGGCGCCUGAGCGCAGUGUGCACCUGAACGACGAAAACCCCCCGUACACGCUCAGGGAGCUCACCCCGGGAGGCACCUACCAGCUGCAACUGUUCAGCGUCUACAAGUCCCGCGAGUCCCAGCAGUCCGCCGCGUCGAACUUCACCACAAAACCGAAUGCCCCAGGCCGCUUCAUUGUGUGGUUCCGAAAUGAAACCACGCUCUUGGUGCUGUGGCAGCCACCCUACCCUUCCGGCAUCUUCGACCAGUAUUUGGUGAGCAUCACACCGGAGGAUGCCUCUCAGUCCAUCCUCUACGUCGACAAGGAAGGUGAGCCACCCGGUCCGGCACAAGCCCCCUUCUAUGGCCUCGUACCUGGUCGCGCGUACAACAUCUCGGUGCAGACCAUCAGCCAGACGCAGAUCAGCGCACCCACAGAGGCACAGUACCGAACCGUUCCCCUCCCACCAUCCAACGUGACCUUCAACAAGGAGAAAGUGACCUCCCGGUCGUUCGAAGUGUCCUGGUCCCCUCCAAAGUCGUUCUCCGAAUUCGACCGCUACCAGGUAGCCCUGAGCAUGCAGCACUCACUUAGGCAGAUUGUGGGCAGGGAUGAAGAGCGAGUGGCCAUCUUCGACCAAGACCUGGAACCCGGCCGCACCUACGAGGUCAUGGUGAAGACGGUCAGCGGCAACGUGGCCAGCUGGCCGGUCAUGGGAAACGUCACCACACAUCCUUUGUCUGUGGAGGACUUGAAUGCAACCUAUGGGGAUGCUGGAGAAAUCCUGGUUCGCUGGAAGCCCAAUAAUGCAAGCCUUCAGGAUGCCUACAUGGUUCGUUACAACGAACUGGAAUCCUUCAACAGCGACAGCCUGGAGACAGUAAAGAACAAUUCGGUGUUGCUGAAAGGCCUUUUGCAAGGCCGCAACUACUCCAUCAGCGUUGUCGCUGUCAGCAAGGGUGUAGCAAGCAAGCCAGUCUUCACGUAUCAGUCGACACGUCCGGCGUCGCCUGUAAUCGAGGCGCUGGAGCCGGUCGGCCAGCACAUGAACGUUUCGUGGAAGUCUGACGUGACAAGCCGGCAGGACUCGUUCGCGGUCGUCUACGUACGCAACGACACCGGAGAGCGUCGCCAGGAGGACACGCGCCAGAACUGGCUCCUGCUCAACAACCUGUACCCCGGCGCCAGCUACCAGAUCCGCGUGUACGCGGUUAGCCACGGCCUCUGGUCCGAGCCGCACUCCUACUACCAGACAGUCGCCCCGAGGCCUCCACAAAACCUGCAAAUAGUCAAGGCUAGCAACUCAACCGUGAUACUCACAUGGAACGCCCCAGCAAACUCCUUGGUUGAUCAUUAUGCUGUUCGGUACCGCCCUAUUGAAUCUACAUACUGGAGGGAAUUCGGUGUUGUCAACUCAACGUCGGCUGAAAUCGAUGACUUGAUCGCCGGAGAACGGUAUGUAGUUCGCGUGGCAACAGUCAGCAACAAAGUGGAAAGCACUGACGCCCAAGACGUGGAGCAAACGCUGUACCCCAACUCUAUCAAGCACGUAACUCACUUCCUUGACUCCCAAAACAUCACCUUCGAGUGGACGGCACCUCCGGGACGCGUCGAUUAUUACAUCAUUGUUUACAACCCUCUCAACGACCAGAAGAAGCAGAAAUCGCAGCAGGUUCCAGCUAAUAUAACACGUCCUGGAGACAACGUAAACGUCGUGAUUGAAAACCUGAAGCCUGGAGAGUUGUACUCCUUCCGCCUUUACGCCGUCAGCCAUGAUGUCAGAAGUGAAGGUUUCGGCGUCCAGACUAGAACCAUGCCUGUCAUCGACUCUGUCAUUAACAUUGUUGCCGACGAACAUGAGACUCGAACACUGGGCAUCAAGUACACGCCCACGCCUCAGCGGCACGUGGUCUUUGACCGGUACCGGUUCCAGCUUAGCGAUACCGGUAUACCGGCGCAGGAAAAGCUGUCGAAUGACACCAACCGGCUGGUACUCUUCGACAAUCUUGUUCCCGGAAGACUCUACAACAUCAGCAUUUGGACAAUCAGUGGCGGAGUCUACAGCGUGCCCAUCUACCGACACACCAGGCUGUUCCCGGACCCGGUGAAGGAGAUCAAGGCGCUGACAGUGACGGACACGGCCAUCUCGCUGGUCUGGGAAAGCGCCACGGGCGACCGCGACGGCUACGAGGUGCAGUACCUGGACCACCGGGGCGUGCUCGUGCAGAACUUCACCCUUGGCGAGCGUAUCUCGUACGAGCACCUGCGGCCCCACCACAACUACACCUUCGUGGUUGCCGUCAUGAGCGGGUACGACACGUCCACCGUCCGCCGCAGUCUGCCCAUGUCCCGCACCUUCCAGACCCUCGAGUCCGUGCCAGGGAAGGUCCAGAACUUCCAACCAUUCGAGCUGAAACCAAGCGAAAUCGUGCUGCAGUGGUCGCUUCCAUCCAGCGAACAGAACGGCGUGCUGACGGGCUUCAAAAUCACUUACUACAUGAAGGGUUCCUUGACCUAUCGCCACAAACUGUUUGAACCAACUGAAACAAAGGGAGUCAUCUCAAACCUUAUUCCUGGACGAACCUAUGUCUUUGAGAUUCAAGCACACACAAAGAUUGGCCCUGGUGGAAAAGGGAGAUGGGAACAGACAAUGCCCAUCUGGGCCCCACCGAAGCCGAGCGACUCUGUCUUCCCGAAGUCGGUGACCCACACGACAGCGACGAUCCGGGUCAGCUUCCGCAAGAACUUCUUUGCCAAUAGCCACGGUCCGAUUCACGCAUACACGCUCAUUGUGGCCGAAGAUGUUUCAAAGGAUGCGGCCAGCGCGAACCUGCCAACGUGGUCAGAAGUGCAGAGCUUCCAUAGUUGGCCUCCAUAUCAGGUGACAGAGCCGUACUACCCAUUUAAUGGCACUCUCACCGAGGACUUCGUGAUUGGUUCUGAAGACUGCAAGGGAGACAAGGGUUACUGCAAUGGGCCCUUAAAACCUGGCUCGACCUACAGGGUCAAAGUGCGGGCCUACACCGCACCGGACAAGUUCACCGACACUGUCUACUCGUACCCAAUCCAGACAGACCCAGACAACACUCCCCUGAUUGUUGGCAUCCUAGUUCCCCUCUCCUUAUUGGUUAUACUCGCCGUCUUAUUGGUUUUCCUGAGGCGCCGGCGUCUAGGACCUUUCGCACCCCACUCCAGAGGUGACCCUCAUUCCAAGGACCAUGACAUUGUCUCCAUAGCUGAAAGUGAAAUGAUAACCAGUCGUCCAGUGAAACUCAAGGACUUCCUCGAGCACUACCGCAUCAUGUCGGCGGACUCGGACUUCCGGUUCUCCGAGGAAUUCGAGCUUCUCAAGCAUGUCGGCAGAGACAAGCCGUGCGGUGCAGCCGACUUACCGGUGAACCGACCCAAAAACCGGUUCACGAACAUCCUGCCGUAUGACCACUCGCGCGUCAAGCUGCUCCCCACUGAUGACGAGGACGGUUCGGACUACAUCAACGCCAACUAUAUUCCAGGCUUCAACUCUCCCCGUGAGUUCAUCGUGACCCAGGGCCCACUACACAGCACGCGUGACGACAUGUGGCGCAUGGUCUGGGAACAGAACUGCCGUGCCAUUGUCAUGCUGACACGCUGCAUAGAGAAAGGGCGCGAGAAGUGCGACCACUACUGGCCUUUCGACACGCAGCCCGUCUACUACGGUGACAUCCAGGUCACCAUUCUCAAUGAGUCGCAAUACGCCGACUGGACCAUCUCAGAAUUCAAGGUUUCCCGGGGAGACCAAUCCCGAAUAGUCAGGCAUUUUCACUUCACGACGUGGCCGGACUUCGGGGUGCCUGAUCCGCCGCAAACGCUGGUGAAAUUUGUCCGAGCAUUCAGGGAGCGAGUCAUCCCUGACACCAAGCCCAUCGUCGUCCACUGCAGUGCCGGUGUCGGUCGUUCUGGCACGUUUAUUGCGCUCGACCGAAUCCUACAAGGCCUGCGCAAGUAUGACACGGUGGACAUCUUUGGGAUUGUCUACGAGAUGCGUCGCGAGCGGGUCUGGAUGGUCCAGAAUGAGCAACAGUACAUCUGCAUCCAUCAGUGCCUGAUGUGCGUUCUUGAAGGAAAAGAAGACGUUUUAGACUCUCCAAGACCUGAAGCGCAUGACAACCAAGGUUUUGAGGAUGACGAAGGGAUAGCCGAAUCUGGAAUAUGACCUUAAAGCGCCCCACUAGGAUGUCCGCAAAGCGACUUGUUCGUGCGAUCUACGCAAGCCAAGACGUCGUCUCCUCGUAGACUUCACUCACUUCCUGGCCUAUAGACCCUUGGCUGCCACGUUGCAGUUGACUCGGGAGCAAUAACGACCACUCCCUCAUCCUCCCCUUUUUAUUCCUUAAGACGUGUUCAUUAGUAUCCAAGCCAAGGAAAACGCCAAGCAGUGCUGUGCGUGGUACAGACAACAAAGAAACCCCAUGGUUUCCACAGUGCUGUGGUGGGGAGGUGAUGUGGAAGAAGAAAGAAAAAAACGAACCCUUCGCAACCUUCAAGGCAGACUUUUUGUGCGUGUGUUCAAGUGUGUGCGUGUAAAUACAACGAGUAAUUUAUCGCUGAACAUUAUCUCGGACGUGCCAGAACUUUGCGUGCAUAACAGUAUUGUGACUGGGACCCUGCAUGAAGCUUGAAGGCUACUGGAAAGUCGGAAGAUUGCGUGGACAUAUAGUGUCGAGAUACUUAGUGCUUUUAACAAUGUUUCUUCUAAAAACAUUCACAGUUUUGAAAGUGCUGUUGAGUGCAGCAUGAUACAUUGUAAGGAGAGAAUAGUACAAUGAUGACAGGUGAAAAAUGUUAUCCUCAUUAGCAUAUUAUACCAACUGCGCUUGCGAAAAUCCUUCUUGCUUCAUUAAGACAAUUACAUGUGCACAUGUGUAUAACACAGUGCCGUUCUGGCACAAUGAACUAAGCUGAAUGCUGGAGAAUUGUGUUCAUUAUAAGUAUUAUAACUUAUGAAUCUCUCUCGUGAGUGGUACUACGUUUUAAGGUGUCGUGUGCUCAUGCAUAGCUUUUCAGUAGGCCUAAUUGGAGCCAUCAUUUCUAUAGCAGCAUUAACUCUUUGCGUAAUUAUAGAAUAAGUUUGGAGCUUCACUGAGGCCGCUUGAAAUAGAAGAUAUAUGACUACAGCUACUAAUCAUAAUCUUUGUGUGGCAUUGUAAAGCUAAAGUGGCCUCCCACAAGCACAUAACUUCACUAUAGGUUGUUAUCCUGUAACAUUUUUCAGGCAUUAAUAGAUACGAUGUUACAAUGCACAAUGUGUAUUAACUGAUUCAUCGCACAGCUUAAAGAAUUGAACUGUACAUGACAAUGACAAAAUUCAAUGGAAAAUUAAAAAGAAAGGCCGGCAGCAUAUCUAUUCAUAUUAGUCGAUAUGAGUUGAUCAAGUUGCUUAACAUCUGCUUGACAACCAGGCAAUGCUACCUAUCCCUGCUCUUUCUUGGCACUUAUUGCAUACAGUACCUCUUUACUGAAGGCCUCAUUUUAUCUUGAUUUAAAAUCAUGCUCUGAUAAGUGUCUCUUUUCAUAAGGCGCGAUGAUGAACUAACAGCAAUGACAAACAGAUAAUGAUAUCAAUAAUGUUGCAGCAUUCUGUUGCAGUGAAGAUACGUUCUCGGCCUUACAGGAUAUUUGUGUUUAUUCUCAGUACAGGGUGUUCUAGCCAUGGUAUACCAGCUCAUCGGCUGUUAUAUUUUUUGGCAUCUUGUAUAGACUUGGUCUUUGCCUAUCACACUAUUUCAGGCUUGUCUUGUAGUGUGAUAAGUAGGCAACAGGUUGGUAGUUGAUGAUACACUCAGUGCAACCUCAAGUAAACUCCUGUUUUGCUGUACAGUGCUCUUCAUGCUGCCACCUUCACAAAUCAUGUACAUUGACAUAUCAAGAAUACAUAAUGAGCUUAUCUAACUUCCAUGGUAGACAUGCAUGAAUCUGAUAGGCAAGGUGUUGGAAAUGCCAUAUUUCCAUGUGCAUAACCCAGCCUUGUAUAUAGUCCUUCACUCUUAUGGCAACUACCAAAAAAAACUCUUUUAAACCCACACAAGUUCGAUUUCAGCAACAAUAAUUUAAAUUCAGCAACAUUCAAACUAAAAGAAAAAGAGCAACGCAGCUUGACUGUAAGCAAGAAACACAACUCCAGAAAAAAAAAAAACGUGUUUUAUGGCCUGCACUACAUCACUGCUCUUUCACUGCACCUCUCUGAUAAAGCAAUUUGCAGCUUCAUGACAUUUCCGGUAACCUUUACACACAAACUUGGGCUUCAUUUGCAACUUCACAAUACAAUUGUUUUCAAGUGCAGCUUCACGGCAAGACACCAUCCUUGUUGCUGUGAAGCUGCACUUAAAGGUGAAUUUUUUUAUGAACUCGCACUCCACUUCAUUCUCAAAUUUUUUUAGUCUUUUAGUCAGGGUUAUUAGUGAAAAACUGCAAACUGAGUAAUUGCGCUUAUUUUAAUGUUCUUUAAUAAAAAGCACUGAUGGUAGCAACAAAGGGCAGACUAAAUUAAAUGUGCCAGUAACUGCCUCGCUGAGUGACAUCUCAUUAGCAAAAAGCAACCUUAGAGCAAGCGCGGAGUAGUAACUAGACCCAAUGAAGUGAAAGAUGCCUAGGGUCUCGUUUCUUGUGCAUUAGACUGCUUUAAAGUGUAAACCACAUAUAUGAUACAUCUGCAUACAGUUAUGGUAGCUUAUCGAAAAACCUACACUAGAAAAUUGCCUUUCAACUUUUAUUAAUUGCUGUACGUACUUUAGUGGUAGCAAAGCAAGUAGUAGCAAAGCAAGAGGCAGAGCAGUGCCUUGAGCAAGGCAGUGCUGGUCAUGCUAUGGCUAUUAAUGCAGUGUGUAGUGAAGUUUCUGCCCCUUCACUGCAUUUGGAUUUGAAUAGCAAAAGUCAUUACACUUAAGUUUAAUAAAAACAGGUAAAUACUACUAGCUUGGACAAAGUAGGAGGUAUUGUCACAUUGUAGUGCUGGUGAACAAUAGAACGACCAAAAGGGCUAGUUACAACUUCAACUCUUCAUUGGGCAAAAGGCUGUUGUUCACUGGCUAACCACUGGUAUAACAUAGUACCGUUAUAGUUGAAAAGUUAAUGCUAUUGUGUAACACCUGCUGACAUACCUGAGCUGCUGUGCCUAAAUUUUGAGCCUUGACAAAUGCAGCAGCAAUCAGGUUUAUUUCUGUGUCUCACAUUAAUGCCUGCCUUGUAACUGUUGCUGAUACCCCUCUGAUUUAUCUGUACCCUUCUUCUGGUUGCAGUGUUCAUUUUAAUUGCGUCUAAUAAUUGCAUCUAUACACUGAGCUAUUUCUUGAGCAACUUGUCAUCAUUGUGUCUAUUCUAAGGAUCAUGGUCUCAGCACAGGCUCAAAACCACCAGUGUAGAUUAAACAUGCUUUUUCUCUCAUUGAACAUCCCAAGUAGCAUGGUAUGUGGGCCCAUCUAAGUGCCGGCGUCAGGCCAUCACUGGCCCAGCAUUGCUGUCGUGCCAACGAUGGGCAUACGGAGUGUACGAUGGCGCUGAUGGAACAAUACUGAGCCAGCAUGGGGCUAACAUUCGCCUAGGUAUGAAUACUACAUGGGUUAUUUUCCUUCAUUGAUAAGGAAUAUUGAACUUUAUCUGCUCAUAUGUAAAAGCCACAGCCCUUGUCAAGGAAGGAAAGCAGUGAGGGAGCAAGAAAAUGGCUCGUAGACCGUUAUGGCACACUCAUGUAUAUAAUGUUACAUAGUCCAGCCGCUACUAAUUAUCUAUGUACUGAUGGGCCUCUGGCACAGUUGUUCACUAGGUAUGUGCCUUUUCUGUACGGCCUUCAAGAAUCGCAGCAUUCCUUUCUGAAAUGUACAAAAAUAUUGCGUUCCACACGUAUCUCUUGUUUGCAAGCCAAGCUUUCUCACUUUUUAUUUAAAUUUCAACUCUUGCUUUUUUCUCAGUUUUGCUCUUCGUUCGCCUGGCACUUUCGGCUAGCGUUUGCCGUGUAAUUUACGGCGUGUUUUCACAUACCUUCCCAUUUAGAGUAGGUCAGGUGGGGUACAUUUUAUUAUGGAGAACUGGCAAGUAGAAAGUUUUUGAGACGUCUUAGUGAAUGUUAAAGCAGAUUCAUAGCUGAUAGCCCGUUUCUUUAGGUUUUAGUAAUGUUCUACGUACCUAGUGUCAGCCUAUCCUAAGAAACAGUAACAGAUGUCAUGCAGAGUGCACAUGUUUGCUGGAUGGGACUGACUAUGUACUAUAGCAUCAGUGCAGCAUAUCGAGUCAGCCUUAAGGUGUUAAGAUUCUAUUGCGCGUGCACUUGCACUUGUGGCCGGCAGAUAUUGUGGUGAUACACGGAAGCAAUAGCAACCACAGUCUACUUUCGGUAGUUCCAACUCGUAUGCAUUACAAUUUUAGUUAAUUCGUACUGAUUGCUAGUUUCUGGUUGGCUGUCUACAUCUUCAGUUUUAAAAGUUGCAUGACUCGAAUAGCGCUAAUGAUUAAGUGAAGCUUCUCGCUUUCCAGGGCCGAUUAGUUUGGACAAGGACCGCUAAUGAAGGGCUAUAUGUAAGGCAUGAAUAGUGAGAGCACGGACGUAUUUCAUAUGUCAGUCUAUGCCUAAAUUGGCAGGCCCCGCUGCAGGUAGAUUCCAACUGAAGUACACAUUGGAGCUGAUAAGGCUCUAUUGGCUUGGUUCAAUGAGUCGAUCACUGGAGCCUCCUACGGGGAAACCUCAGUGAUCUAAUGGAACCCAGAAAUGGCCUGUCGCUUACACUUGUACAGUAAGGCGCCGCUCUUAGGGAAAACACGUAAUUUGUAAAGAAACGAAUAUAGCCUGAACACUUCUACUUUAAUGACAAAGAAUUACAAGAUUGAAUGCAUUAUUGAAUAGUUUACAUGCUGUCAUGCCAAGAUUCAGCUGUAGUUGGUAUUCAAAUAUGAAUUGGAUGUUCCCUUUAACAACAUAUUACAGUGUACAUUGUUUUCUGGGCAUAUCUGUUCAUAUGAGGACACAUAAUUGCGUGUAUUACCACUUUCUAUUCAAAUUCAUGUAUUACGAACGAAAGUCUGGUUUCUAGAUCUAAUUAAUGUGUCAGUCAACUGCGUAUAUAUAUACUGAGUGGCACUAUUCUGAAGUUGGCUUAUUGUCUUCCAAUUAAAAACUGAACCCCACUGUUUAUUCUAGACAUGUUGUAAGCUAAUUUUCAAUGUUGCCAAGCGACCAUAGUAUAGGUAAACUUAGAGUAGGAGUAGGUCUUAAAAGGUUCACAAUUUAUCAAAUAUGCACAUUUUCCUUGGAUCAGUUCACAUCUCCGUACUGAGGCUGCGCAUAAUUUAUAGCUGUAGUGUCUAAAAUAAUGUAACAAUGUAAGUGCUUAGAGAGGUGGUAAGUACGUAUCUACAGAAUAUGGUUGCUUUAAAAUGCUCAUGCUCAGAGAACCCAGUUCGAAUCUCACAGGCGCCAAAUUCUGCCAGAGCACUUUUGACACAUCUGAGAGCUUCGACGGAAUCUUCGUAUUGUAACUUCUGAGAGUGAUUAUGGGCAUGUGUAAAUUGCCGCAUCAAGAGCUUUCUUAAAUACUUGCGACAUGUUUAAUUAAACUGCAGAAAAUCUUAUUGCAAGCCUUGUAACACCAUUUUUUUUUUCGAAUAUAAUGAUAUGCAAAAUACUUUAGAGUUGUAUUUGAGGUGUUCAUACAAAACUGUCGUUAUCACUGUUCUUUAGUGCUGAAUGUGUAUUGGUGGUAUUUUGGAGAAUUUUCAGUGCAUGUUCCUGAUCCUUAUACUUAUUGUUGACCAUAAUAUUCAGGAAAUCAUGAGUUUGUUGUCACUGCUGUGUAAUAUAUUCUGAAAAUUGAUUGGUGUUAUGAAUGCAGGAAAUAAUGAAAAAGCUUUAUGAGAUGUUCCUGUUUGCUUUAAGUGAUCACGCACAGACAGCACCUAUCUGCAGAGGAUGUAUUUUGCAUCACUGACUGAUGAUCAUGAAAAGUGUUUUCAAUGAGUGACAAAGCCUCGUGAGAUUGACCUUAAGCAGGUUUUCCAAUGAUGUCACAGAGCAUUUAAAUGAGAAUCAAUGUCACGUGCCAACAUCAACUUUUGCUAUAACUGCUGAGAGCUCAGAAUUUUGUUGUUUUGUAAGCUGGAAACUUAGACAGUUAAGAGGCAGUUUAGAAUAGGCUCAUGACAAAGUAGUUUAGCUUGUGCUACUGGAUGAGUGCUGUAACAAAUCACCAUGAUGUAACUAUAAUACUUCUUACAGUCUUCACUUCUAUUUGCAAUUAUAUCUGAAGGACUAUCAACUAGGAAACUAUUUUAAUUGCAUUCAGAACUUCACCUAUAUCUCAAAGAUGUACAUUGUUGUCCUUCGCGUAUGAAGUGUAGUACUAACAGAUGUUGACUAUUUUUGUUAAGUUUUAAGCCUUGUUCUUAUUCAGUGCACUUUUGCAUUCUUUGUGCAUGCUGGCUUCUUCAUUUGUUCUGUAAAUUUCACACUGUUGACCUCUGUAAGCAUGAAGAUCUGGAUACUGCCCGUUACUCGUUCAAUGCUUUGACUAGCAAAUGCAAUCAGAAGUGAUGGGAGUGAAUGAACAAUAAAAGUGAAACACUGAA